CUCUCUUUCCUCUUCGCAGUUGUCUUCAAUUUCCCCCAAAUCUCUCACCAAAUUAUCUUCGAUAUCGCACGCGCCGCCGCAGGCUUCGCCGCCGGCAACUGCUUUUACCCUCUCCUCCUCCCCUCUCCUCCUCUUAUCCUUCAUUUAAAAAAAACCAUAAAAAAGAUCUGCUUCGUUUUAUCUUCUCCGCUUCAAUUUUUUCCUCUGUUGCUAUCUUCUUUCGUUUCUAGGGUUUAUAUUCGAUUUCUGCGAAAUAAACGAGAGGGGAGAGAAGAGUAAAGAAAAACCCCAAAAAAGAAGAAAAAAAUCCCAAAAAUCAAAAAAAGAAAAUGGCUCAGGUUCAGCCUCAAGGUCAAACUCCGAACGGCUCUGUUCCACCGGUUGCGGCGGCUGGUACCGGAGCAGCGGGUGCUCAAUUCGGUACGACGUCGCUUUACGUCGGAGAUCUGGAUGCGAAUGUUACGGACUCGCAGCUUUUCGAUGCGUUUAGCCAGAUGGGUCAAGUCGUCUCGGUUCGAGUCUGUAGGGAUUUGGCUACUCGGAGAUCUCUCGGCUAUGGAUACGUCAACUUCAGCAGUCCACAAGAUGCUGCAAGAGCGAUCCAGGAACUAAACUACAUACCUCUUAAUGGAAAACCUGUCAGGGUUAUGUACUCUCAUCGCGAUCCUAGUGUUCGCCGAAGUGGUGCAGGAAACAUAUUUAUCAAGAAUCUGGACAAGGCCAUAGACCACAAAGCGUUGCAUGAUACGUUUUCUGCGUUCGGGAACAUUAUCUCGUGCAAGGUAGCUGUGGAUUCUUCAGGUCAAUCAAAAGGCUAUGGGUUUGUCCAAUACGAAACUGAUGAAUCUGCCCAGAAAGCUAUGGCUCAACUGAACGGCAUGUUGCUGAAUGACAAGCAAGUGUAUGUUGGACCCUUCCUCAGGAGGCAAGAAAGAGAUUCUACUGCUAACAUUGCGAAAUUCACCAACGUGUAUGUGAAGAAUCUUGCUGAAACAACUACUGAUGAUGAGUUGAAGAACACUUUUGGUGAGUUUGGAAAGAUUACAAGUGCUGUGGUGAUGAAAGAUGGAGAUGGGAAGUCAAAGGGCUUUGGGUUUGUUAACUUUGACAAUGCCGAUGAUGCCGCCAAAGCUGUUGAAGCUCUUAAUGGAAAAACAUUUGAUGAUAAGGAAUGGUAUGUUGGUAGAGCUCAGAAGAAGUCUGAAAGGGAAAUGGAACUUAAGGUUCGGUAUGAGCAGAGUUUGAAGGAAGCAGCAGACAAGUUUCAAAGCUCUAACUUGUAUGUUAAGAACUUAGAUGACAGCGUUUCUGACGAGAAACUCAAGGAGCUCUUUGCACCUUACGGCACUGUUACAUCUUGCAAGGUGAUGCGGGAUCCUAAUGGCAUAAGCAGGGGCUCGGGUUUUGUAGCAUUCUCAACUCCAGAAGAAGCAACCAAAGCUAUGUCAGAGAUGAGUGGUAAAAUGAUUGAUAACAAACCUCUCUAUGUUGCUGUUGCUCAGAGAAAGGAGGACAGAAGGGUCAGACUGCAGGCUCAGUUUUCUCAAAUGAGACCAGUUGCUAUGCCACCAUCUGUUGGUCCUCGUAUGCAAAUGUAUCCCCCUGGUGGUCCCGGUAUCGGACAACAAAUGUUUUAUGGUCAGGCACCUCCUAAUAUGAUUCCUCCACAGCCCGGGUUUGGCUUCCAGCAGCAGAUGGUUCCUGGAAUGAGACCUGGUGGUGCACCGAUGCACAACUUCUUCAUGCCAAUGGUUCAGCAGGGCCAGCAACGUCCUGGAGGGAGACGUCCUGGAGGGAUCCAGCAAUCCCAGCAGCAACAGCAGCAAGUUCCCAUGAUGCAGCAGCAGCACCAGAUGCACCCGAGGGGUCGAAUGUUCCGCUAUCCGCAAGGACGUGGAAGCGGUGGUCCUCCUGAUGCACCUGGAAUGCUUCCAUAUGAGAUGCCUAGUAACAUGCCAUUGCGUGACUCUGUACUUUCUCAGCAUGUUCCUAUUGGAGCUUUGGCUACAUCCCUUGCUAAUGCUUCUCCAGAACACCAGAGGACGAUGUUGGGUGAGAAUCUGUAUCCGCUGGUGGAGCAGCUUGAGGCAGAGUCUGCAGCCAAAGUGACUGGGAUGCUUUUGGAGAUGGAUCAGACCGAAGUGCUCCAUCUUUUAGAGUCACCUGAUGCUCUCAAGGCGAAAGUAGCCGAGGCUAUGGAGGUUCUCAGAAGUGUCGCUGCGGGUGGUGCAGCCGAGCAGCUUGCCUCGUUGAACCUCAACGAAAACCUUGUCUCUUAAGUGUUGUUCUUCUUCUUGUCUUUCUGUUCGAUUGAGAAAUACAGUUUUCGAAAGUGUGGCUUUGUCUCUUCCAUACACCAAUUGGAGACCCUUUUUUUUUCUGUAGGAUUCUCUGACAUGUUUUUGUUUCUCCCUUCACUCAUCAUACUUUUUUACUUAAUGUGUUUUGCUUGAAAACUUGAUUUGACAUUUUAUUUUGGUUUGUUAUUCCGCAUUUCAA